GACCCUAGCAAAUUGCAUAUUUCACGGAAAAUCGAUCCCUUUUAUGCGAAAAAUAUUAGUCCACUUGUGUGGCACCUCGCAGUCGUGAUGGCUGUCCAGAUGUAUAUAGUUCUUCUAUUUUUAAGAGCAAUCUCCGCAAAUGGAGAUGCACCGAAUGAGGUGCAUAGGCCACUGACAAAUGCCACUAAUGCAACGUCGGGGAAUACUUUACCCGACAAGAUACCAAGCCCCACACUGCUAAUCCCACAUGUACCGGCCCGGACUAAUAACCCUUUGGAUGCCCUGCUCGAUGAGGAAGAAUUUGGGAUAACAACUACCUCAUCAUACGACAUCUCCAGUGACUUAGAGGGGAGCACACAUCCAGGUGUUAUGGAAGAGGAUAAAAACACCAUAAUAGCACGCUGGCGGAAGCCCCUGGCGGAGGAAAAACUGAUCAAGGAUCCGUUCUACUUCGGGUGCUGUCAGAACUCCACGAACGUGGGAUGUGCCGGCGUCUGCCCGGAGACCUGCGAGUACCGCUCCAAGUACUGUGUACCGCUCUGCGGACCGCCCUGUCGCUGCAAACGGGGCUAUGUCUACCACAUACCGGACAAAGCCUGCAGACUGCGGUCCGAGUGCAACAAGUCGUUGGUGCAGAGCAAGUUCGGUGUCUACCGAGUGUUCUUGUGAGGAUGUGGUAGAGGGUUAGUGGUGAUGUAUGUAUUGUGGUGUGCUGUUGUGCCAAUUUCGAUUGUUAUAAUAAACCAAGAAAGCCAGAUGGGUGGCAACUAACUACAGAGAUGAAGGGUGCAUGUGUUCGGUGUGAAAACAAGGUGGUUAGGCGAC